AUGGUUGUUACAAAUGAAGAAAUAAUGGAAGGUUUUUUAGGAGAGGAUGCCCUUUAAAAUUUGGUAGACAAGCUAAAGAGUGAAAAUGAAGUUAGCAAUUUCAAACUAGUGGUGGAAAGAAUUUAAGAUUUAUUCGCACAACAAGGACAAUCGAAAUAGAAAUAUUUUGCAAUGAAACUGAUUAUGUUAUUUAGUAAGAAAUAACUAUUCAUCAACAGUUUCAUUAAGGCUAAGAAUCUCUUUGAUAUAUUUGGAGAACUUGCAUUAUGUGACAAAGAUAAACCAUAUGAGGAGAGAGCAUAUAAGAUAUUUGGGGCUAAAGAAGAUCCAAGCUUUAGUCAGAGUUUCUAUGAUAUUUUGAUGGAAUGCAUUUCAUAUUGGGGAACAAAGUAUGCUGCCGAUUAGAAGGGCAAUCCAACAAUAUUCGCAAAGCUUCUUGAAAAGUUGUGCAAUCAAGGUUUCAAACCAAAAAUUGAAUUAUAACUGUUUGAGUUAACUGAAGAACAAAAAGGAGAAAUUAAAAAGUUAUAGUAUGCCAACUGA